AUGAAGUUUCUGUUUCUACUGGUGGUGUACUGCUUGAUGGCAGCCGUGGCCGCCACGUCCAAGCUUCAGGCAACCUCCUUGUUGACUUGUAUGGACAAUUCCCAGAUCUCUGCUUCGUACUUGGACGUGACGUACUUUGAUCUGAACCACUCGGUGGUGGCCAACGUUAUGGCCAUUUCCAACGUCAACACGAACGUCACCAUCAACAUCGAGUUGAUCGUGUACGGCUUGAAAGUCGUGACCCAGAACGUUUCCUUGUGUGACUACGCUGACCUCGGCGCCGUGUGCCCGCUUAUGCCGGGCCAUUUGGAUUUCAACUUUGACCAGGAACUCUCCAGCGAUAUCACUCGGCAGAUUCCGGGCGUGGCCUUUACCGUGCCUGAUAUCGAUGCUAGAGUGAGAAUCGCCCUUUACGAUGACAACACCGACAACGCCUUGGCGUGUGUGGAAGCGGUGGUUUCCAAUGGUAAAACCGUGCAAACAAAGUAUGCCGCCUGGCCUAUUGCUGCUAUAGCUGGUCUAGGGCUUAUCACGUCGGGUGUGGUGUCGGUUAUGGGUAACUCCAAUACGGCCGCUCACAUCGCGUCUAACUCCAUGUCUUUGUUCGUCUACUUCCAAUCGCUAGCUAUUACUUCUAUGGAAGCUGUCGCUAAGGUUCCUCCUAUCGCAGCCGCUUGGGCUCAGAACUUUAUGUGGUCUCUCGGUAUCAUUAGAGCGGGCUUCAUUCAAGAUAUUUCCAACUGGUACUUGCAGGCCACUGGUGGCACGCCUACCGACAUCUUGGGCAACAGUUACUUGUCUGUUUCUGUCCAGAAGAAGAUGAAGAGAAGUCUUGAGUACCUUUCUGAUGCUCUUUACGAUAACAAGGUCACCAGAGCCGUCAACUUGCACAAGCGUUUUUCCAUUUCCGUGGAUUCCGAUAAGUUUGGUCUUUCUGAUAACUUGAAUACUACCUUGUACACUACCAACGAAAAGGAUCCAGAACUUGGUGGUAAGGUCUUGAUUUUAAGAGGUAUUCAGAGAGUCGCCUACUUGGCUGGUAUUGAAAUCACUGAUUUGUUCAUGACCACCAUCAUCUUCUUGUUCUUCUUUGCUUUCGUUCUUGUGGCUUGUAUGAUGUUCUUUAAGGCCAUCAUUGAAAUUUGCAUUCGCUCCAAGAUCAUGCACGAGGGUAAGUUCAACGAAUACAGACUGCAGUGGUCCAGUAUCAUCAAAGGUGCCAUGUACAGACUUUACCUUAUUGCUUUCCCUCAAGUCUGCGUCAUGUGUUUGUGGCAAUUCACUGCCCAUGACUCCGCUGGUUAUGUGGUGGUUGCUGCGUUCUUGUUCCUUAUUUCGAUCGUUCUUCUUGGUUAUUCCGCUGCUCGUGUGAUCGAGUUCGGGAGAAGAUCUACUAGAGUCCACAAGAACCCUGCUUACCUUUUGUUCGGUGAUGCCAAGUUCCUCAACAAGUUUGGUUUCGUCUAUGUUCAAUUCAGAGCCGACUGCUACUGGUUCGUUGUUACUUCUAUGGUAUACACCUUCCUCAAGUGUUUGUUCGUUGCUGUUUUGCAAAAGCAGGGUAGAGCUCAAUCUGUCAUCAUUUUUGCCAUUGAGCUUAUCUACUGUGUUCUUGUCUGUUGGAUUAGACCUUUCAUGGACAAGAGAACGAACAUUUUCAACAUCACCAUUACCGUGAUCAACACUAUCAACGCAUUGUUCUUCAUGUUCUUUUCCUAUAUCUUUGGACAGCCUCAGGUUGUGGCCUCCGUCAUGGCCGUUGUCUACUUCGUUUUGAACGCAGUCUUUGCUUUGUUCUUGUUAGUUUUCACCAUCGUCACAUGUGUCCUUGCCUUGGUUUACAAGAACCCAGACACGAGAUACCAGCCAAUGAAGGAUGACAGAGUCUCCUUCUUGCCUCGUAUCCAUCAUAAGGGUGCUCAACAGAACUCAUCUGAUCCAGAUGACAUUGAAUUGGUUGCAUUGGGUGCAAGUGCCAUGAAGGGCCACGAAAACGGUGGUAAGCCUGUCUACGACGACGAGUCAGUGUACGAUGAUGACUCUAGUCAAACUAGAAAGGGUAAUAGCAACACCUAUGUUGAUUCAGAGAGCUUCUCCAAGAACUCAUUGAGUGUGGACUCUGCCGAGGCACAACAGCCUGCUUCGACUAUCGUUGGUAACUCGACGAACGCUUACUCAGGGUUCCAGACUCAAUACAAUGGCAACAACAGGUAUGCUAACGACGAGGCGCCAUACCGUGGCAAUUACGGCAACAGUUCUCGCCAGAACCACAGUCCGAGCUACAUCUAA